UGAUGAUGACAUUUAACUUGUCAGAUUUUGUAUGCAGUCUGUCUGUUUUCAGACGCCUGAACAAUGUAAAGUAGUGCAAAAAAUGAAGUUUCAAUUAAAAUUGAAAGUUAUCCUGCUAAUCUGGAUUCAAACCGUUGAUGCUUUCGGGUCAGUUCCAAGUUUAAAACAUUACGACACACUGCAUGCUUCGCAACUUGGUCAUUCGAUUGUGAAACGUGGAAUAAAAGAAAGCACUCAUCCUUACAACUCGAUCAAAGAACUUUCGUUUUCUGCUCUGGGAAAAGAUUUUCGGUUGAUCCUUCAUCCAAGUAAAGGGAUAUUGCAUCACAACUUCCAGUCCUAUGCAGUUGAUGGUGAUGGAGUGGAAAAACCAAUUCUUGGAGGUGACACUGGAUUCUACCAAGGUCGAGUAUUUGGUGAAACACGUUCUCAUGUCAAUGCACACAUAGAGGAUGGGCUCUUAACUGCUUCAAUUGUUACAAAAGAGGACUCUUAUCAUGUUGAACCCUCUUGGAGACAUUUACCUGAGUCCAAUCAAGAAUCCAUGAUUGUAUACAGGGGUUCUGAUGUAAUAUUUGAUCAUGAACCUCCGAAGUGGAAUUUUUGGACUUCAAGCUCUGUUGAGAAAAACCAUUCAUUUGCUAGAACAUGCGCCUCCGUACAGGAAGAAGGAAAUGCGACAGAAGAGGCAGUGCACGCUUCAGAACAAUUAAUGAUACUCGAAGCAGAGAAUAGUGGCCGCAACAAGCGACAAGCUGGUGUUGGUCCGCCAGACCCGUACGGCUUUAGUGCUGCUAAGACUAGAUGCCCAUUAUUAUUGGUGGCUGAUUAUCGAUUCUUCCGUGAAAUGGGUGGAGGAUCUACCAAGACGACUAUUAACUAUUUGAUCAGUCUGGUGGAUCGUGUUCACGCUCUUUAUGCUGCCACAAUAUGGAGAGAUGGUAACGAAAAUGAAAGUGACUCUCCUGUUCUAUCCGGAUUAGGUUUCGUGAUCAAGAAAAUUGUGGUUCACACGGAAGCCACACGAGUUAGAGAGAGUGAGCUUCACUACAACAUGGAAAAACCAACUUGGGAUGUCCGUACACUUCUUGAAGUCUUUAGUCGAGAGUAUAGCCACAAAGACUACUGCCUGGCCCACUUGUUUACAGACAUCAAAUUUGAAGGUGGCAUAUUAGGUUUAGCAUAUGUAGGUAGCCCGCGGCGAAAUUCUGUCGGCGGAAUCUGUACACCAGAAUAUUUUAAAAGCGGAUACACGCUGUACUUAAACUCUGGACUGAGCUCUUCGCGGAACCACUACGGCCAAAGAGUAGUAACACGAGAAGCAGACUUGGUUACAGCUCAUGAACUUGGUCACAACUGGGGUUCUGAACACGACCCAGAUUUACCCGAAUGUAGUCCCCCAGCUUCUCAGGGUGGUUCUUACUUAAUGUACACUUACUCAGUUUCGGGUUAUGAUGUCAACAACAAGAAAUUUUCCCCUUGUUCUUUACGCUCAAUACGAGCCGUUCUAUUGGCGAAAGCUGGUCGUUGCUUCACUGAACCCGAAGAAUCGUUUUGUGGUAAUCUUCGUGUGGAAGGAAAAGAGGAAUGUGACGCCGGUCUUUUGGGUUCUGAGGAUAACGACAGUUGCUGUGACAAGUUUUGUAACUUGCGUCGCAACCAGGGUGCUGUAUGUAGCGAUAAAAACUCCCCUUGUUGUAAAAAUUGUAUGUUGAUGCCAGCUGGCCAGAAAUGCCGCGAAGCUCAACGAGCUACAUGCGAACAAGAAGCAAAGUGCACAGGUACUAGUUCGGAGUGCCCGGCUUCGGCACCUCAACCGGAUGGCACCGAGUGCUUGGAAAAAGGCCAGUGUCGUAAUGGAACUUGUCUGCCAUUCUGCGAAACGCAGAAUUAUCAAUCGUGCAUGUGCGACACUGUUGCAGAUGCAUGCAAGCGCUGCUGCCGUUACCACCUCAACGACACUUGCUUUCCCUUUGAGCCCUACGAUAUCCUGCCUGAUGGUACACCAUGCGUUCACGGAUUUUGUAAUAGCGGAAUCUGUGAGAAAACUGUUCAAGAUAUCGUUGAACGGUUUUGGGAUAUCGUUGAGGAGCUAAGUAUUAACCGCGUUUUGUCGAUGUUAAAAGACAAUCUUGUUGGAGCCGUGUUAAUAGUUUCCACGCUUCUGUGGAUACCAGCUUCCUGUCUCAUUAGCUGGGUUGACCGCAAACGAAAGCGACAGUUGGAAACAGAAGAAGCAUGGCUCAGAUCAGGAGAACUGAUUCAUCCGUCAGAAAACGGCACCCGCCGCAUUAUUCACGCCCGUCUUAGACCAUCACAGCAGCAACGUUAGCAAGUAACGGAUUUAUUUCUACUGCCCAUUGAAUCAACAUUCGGUUGAGAUUCCGUUUUUCUCGUUGAAACUUAUCAUUUGCGUACAAGUUUCGCAUGCGUGUUAACUUAAGUAUUUUGUUUUAAAUUCCAUCUGAAUGACACGAGAUCUGCACUUUUUUAAGCAGCAAUUUACAAGGAGGUCGAUUUUAGUAAUCUUCCCAUUUCAUUCGUUUUGCGUAUGUGUCUGUGCACUUUGCCAUAAUUUACGUGACUUGUGUAUUUUUUCUAGUCAUCUCAAGUGUUUCGUUAAGUUGACUCAAAAUUUGAAUGUGGAAUACACUGAAUAAUUGUCA